GCGUCUGACCCGCGAACGAGCCUGUGCUGUCGUGAGCGCGCGGCAAUCAUGCCUCAUCCGUUGCUCGCCUCGCCAGUAUCGGAGAAUAGAAGAAGAAAUUGGUCUUUUACCUACAAUUAGCGCGUCUUUUCGCGCUCAUGCUGUCGCGCGACUGGCCGCUUCGUUGUGAAGAAGACAUUUUUUUAAAUAUCCAGAUUCGUCGGUAAUUUGUCAUUUUCUCCCUCCCCGUCAAUGAGUCAAAGAGGGUAGAAGAUAGGAGUAGCUACAGCUGUGGUGAUGUGGUGUUUCGGGGCUCACCCUUCAUUUCGCAGGUCAUUCUUUUAAGUCGACGCUGUCGACACUUCCGACGCUGUUCAGUUUGGGGAUGUAAACGCCGGGAAGCCACUUUACCGGAGCUGAACUGAUGUGACUCAACGAGUGUUUUCACCCACCCAGCAACAAUGAGCCGCUACGAGCCUAAGCGUGCUGUGAGAGCCUCAGGCUUGUAAGGGAUCUGGCUCGGCUCUUCCAUCGUCCCCCUCUAACAUCCCACUGUGUCACAUCACUGCCAUGUCCUUUCCCUGCUGUGCCCAUCCCAUGGAGAGUGCACGCUCACCCAGAUAGGAUGCCUGCCUUGCCCGACGCCCUGCAUCCCCUCCUGCCCAUCACCACCUCCUCCUUCUCCUUGUGUGUACCUGCUUUUACCGACAGUUCCUUGCGGCCCCCCAGGCUCCGCCCUGCCCCACUCCAACAUGGGGGAUGAGGUAACUACCAUGAAGGAUGAUGUCAUCAACGCCAACACGCUGGCUUGGCUGGUCUGCUCGGGCGUGUCCAUCUUGGCCAACACUUGGAGCAUCCUUAGCGUCAGCGCCAAGCAGAAAAAGUGGAAACCACUGGAGUUCCUCAUCUGCACGCUGGCAGGCACGCACAUCCUCAACAUGGCCAUCCCCAUCACCAUGUACUGUGUCAUAACGCUGCGCCGUCAGCACUCCAACUACGAGUGGAACGAGGGUCUGUGCAAGGUGUUUGUCUCCACCUUCUACACUCUUACGUUGGUCACCUGCUUCUCCGUGACUUCGCUCUCUUAUCACCGCAUGUGGAUGGUACGCUGGCCUGUAAACUACAGGUUGAGUAACACCAAGAAGCAGGCAGUACAUACAGUGAUGGGCAUCUGGAUGGUCUCCUUCAUCCUGUCCACUCUCCCAGCAGUGGGAUGGCACGACACCAUUGACCGCUUCUAUACCUCCGACUGCCGGUUUAUUGUGACUGAGAUUGGUCUGGGCUUCGGAGUGUGCUUUCUCCUGCUGAUCGGAGGCAGCGUUGCCAUGGGCGUGAUCUGCAUCGGCAUCGCUCUUUUCCAGACCUUCUCCAUUCAGGCGGGCCACAAUGCAGACAAGAACAAGUUCAACGUCCCCACCAUAGUGGUGGAAGAUGCCCAGGGGAAACGCAGGUCAUCCAUCGAUGGAUCGGAGCCUCUCAAGACAUCCCUGCAGAUCACCUACCUGAUCAGUGGUAUCGUUUUCAUCUACGACUUCCUGACUGGCUUCCCCAUACUGGUGGUCAGCUUUGCCAGUCUGAAGUUUGACCGUUCCUACAACUGGAUGGUGUUGUGUGUGCUGUGGUGCUCCAUUGCCCAGUCCAUCCUGCUGCCCAUGUUUCUCUGGGCUUGUGACCGCUAUCGGGCUGACAUCCGCAUGGUGUGGGAGAAGUGCGUCGCCAUCAUGUCCAACGACGACGUGGAUGAGGAAAACAGCCAAGAUGGAGGAAUUCAUGCCGACUUAAUAUAUGACAGACCAUAUGACUAUAGCUCGGCGCCUGAAAUCGUGACGGUAGACCGUAAUGCCAAGUAUGAGUUCUCAACCUUAGAAAGGGGGGUUCUGCAAGGGUAUCCAUUGAGGGAACAACAGGAAGAUAAAAUGCAGUAUUUGCAGGUGCCCCCUACAAGAAGAUACUCCCACGACGAAACCGACAUGUGGACCAGCGACCGGAUCCCCUCAUAUCUUCACAGAUGGGGCUCCACCGAGGACAUGAUAGUGAGUGCCCACUACAGCUCCACCUUACCGCGCCACGAGAGGCGCAGGAGCAGCCUGGUCUCCUACCACGAGGAGAGCCAUCAUCACCAUCAUCCACACCGCAAGCGGCGACGCUCUGAGGACAGCAUGCACUCCCUCAAGCAUCUGCCACGUGUGGUCUGUGGUGGGGAGUGCUAUGAGGAUGAGCUGCGGUGUUUCAGCCGCGAUGAGGUGAUUAACUUUAUAGAUGAGACGCCACUGCCAAGCCCUAGGAAGAGUCCGCGGCGCACAUCCACCAUCUCACUUAUCCCCAAUGUGUAUGAACAGCAGACAGUCAUCCUUCCUCACUUCCCGCUCACAGACUUUGAACGUGAGCCUCAGGCGCUCAGGCGACUCUCAGAGCACAAAAGGAGCAGUAGUCGGGGCAACACGCCUGAGGGUUCCCCCAAACCAGACAGACCUGGUGGAAAGAAGAGCCCCGGGGCUUGUGGCUCUGGUAAAGGCUCCCGGGAGCGCUUGCAAGAUCUGAAACAACAGCGUGAAGUGGGCUCACCUGGGCGCAGACAGCAGACUCCAGGACACUCGAGGCCAAGGACAAGUGGUGGAGACGGGGCUGGUGCUGGGGGUGGAGCUGGAGCUGACUGGGGGCAUCACAAGCACCUGAGCAAAGCUGAGAGUAAAGGAAGCACAAACAGUUUUGUAAGCACACCUUCUGUAUCAUCCUCGGGAUAUAUCACCUUUCACUCUGAUUCUGUCGGCUCCACAACCUAAAUGCAAGUUUCCCCUUGUUAAUAUCAACAUUAUACUAAAGUUAUUAUCUUAAUGAAAACCACUGGAAUAUUUGCCGUUAUGAGAAAGUGACAGACUUGAUUAUUUGGCCUUUUUACGUGUGCCACUUUUGCGUUUUAUUAUAUAUACCACCAAUAGCUGUUAUGCUAAAUGGCCUUUGGAGUUUUCAACUUACCAGGCCUAACUGCAGGAUGGUGAAAAGGUUGAGUGGUCCUGUUAUUCAGUUUUCACAGCACAGAAUAUCCACUGAGGAUACUUUUUCCAGCACUGGCACAAAUAAGCAUUAUAAAUGGCGUGAACAUUCCCACACCUUGUUUUUGUUGUUUGAUGUUGUUUCUUAAGAAAUGCUGAAAGAAUUGGAGGAGGUAGUUUUUAGGGAGGUGUUUCUUUAUUUUUUUUCACUUAAGAACUUGAACUUAAUUUGCAUUUUAUUUGACAUGUAAUGGAUGUUUGUUUUGUUGUAUGGACACAUUUGCUUUCAAACUAGAUCUUCCUGAAAACUGCCCAUUUACCUUUAGACUGACUUAAGGAUAUCACACGAUGCAUAUUUCUUUUAUUUGAUCAUGACGUACAACUUUUUUUAUUCAAAACACAUUGAACGCUUUUUUCAAACACCCUGUGCUGGAGUAAACUGAAAGUGGUUAAUCCAAACUCUUUCCAGAUGUAAUGCCUAAUAGUUUUACAGUUAGUGUGAGAGAUAUUGAGAUAUAACAUGAAGGCCCCUAAAUUCUUAAUGAAAAUGUGAAGUUAAUUUUGAAGGAUUGACAUGUAUAUAUGAAGGAUAUUGGGUGUAUGGUUUUGGUGUUCUUUUUUGUUUAAUGAAAAUUUUGCUUCUAACAUAGUUCACAGUCCUUAAUAUUCCAGUGUUUGUGUUCCCUUAGAAGAUCAUGAGGCACAACAGUCACUCAGCACAACGGAUAUUUACAUACAGGACAUCAGAAAUGAAAUUAUUCUCUGUCUUGCCCAACUGAGUGUGUCAGCCUGACCUCCUCUUAUUUGUUUCGGCAGCACCAAUAGCGAUUUUCUUUAAAAGAACCAACUAAGAGAAACCUUCAAAAGAUGUUAAAAUGCCUGAUAGUCUAAUAAUUACAGACUUCAGACUGACUACAUGUAGCUUAACUGAAAUGCUGAUGUUGCACCUAAAUAAAAUUAGGAACAAAUUAAGGGACAUUGAGAACUGAAUGGAAUUUGAUUAGAAUUGCACAUUGUAUGUACAGCCAUGUUAACCAAAUUUAAGCAUUCCUAUAGCCCUGAGGGAAUGCUGUUUGGAAAAUUAAGGUUUAGUUUCUAUAAAUGCAGCCUAUAUUUGGAGAGAGAAUGUGAUUACUUCACAUCAUAGCAAGACAUAAAAGAUCAUGGACAAAAAUAGUACUACUAAAUUAUGAGUGAAAUGCCCUCCAUUGCCACAUAAAUGCCUCAUAAUUUUGAGAAAUUCUCGCUUAACACACACUAACAAUGGGCACUGGAGUGAACGUUACAAUAUCUUUACACAGCACACUUUUAAAUUGACAAAUUACUUAUAUUUACCAAAUGUGACAAUUUGCUGGCUAAAAGAGGAAAAUUCUUAUUGAGAUGUAACAGCAGUAAUAGCUUUGGGCUUUGACCUCUCAUAGACAGUAACUGCUAACAUGAAUGUAUUUGCACCAAUUAGGUGUAUGUUUUCAAAGAACUUUUUAAGACUACAAGAACAACAUGAAAGGAAAAUAUCCCCUUUGACAGUUUUAUUAGUUGUGAAUCCUCUCUGCUAUUACCAUUCAAGUCAUAAAGUUGCAUAUACAUUUUUGCUCAUCUAUGGUCAUUUAAAUUUUUUAAGUUUAAAUUUUCAUGUAUUAGUGUACCUCGCACUCAUUGCAGCCCUUUUCAGUUGUACAAAUGAGUUGAACUGUAUGUUUCUGUGGAGGCAAAACAUCACAUUCCCCUGUCAAACUUUGCUAUGGCUGAGAUUUUUGCAUUUUGUUGUGUUUACAAUAUUAAAAUAUAAUUUUGUAACAUAUUCAAAGAUUUACAACUCAAAUAUGAAUGAUGUUAAAUAUUAUGAUUUUCUUGUUCCAAUGAUGACUUUGUUAAAAGAUGUGACUGAUUAAAUUCACAAGAUGAUG